CGCAUGCGGACUGCGCACGCUUUUCUUCUGCCUCCUUCGCUACCCUUCCGGCAAUACCGCUUGGACUUCCUUCUUCUCGCGCACGGUGUUCUGGGAAAGGAAAGAGGCCGGAGUGGCGGUUGAAAGCCCAGAAGGCGGCACCUGAGCUGCACAGAACAGGCCACCAGAUGACUUCACCAAAUAAAGCGUUAGAGUUGCAGCUACAAAUACGGCAAAAUGCUGAAGAGCUCCAGGAUUAUGUGAAAGAUUUAGAAGGUUGGGAAAAGGAUAUUAAAGAAAAGGAUUGCGAUUUAAGACGACAGAAUGGAGUCCCAGAAAGGGAUUUGCCACCAAUCCGAAAUGAAGCUUAUAAAAAAAAGAAGAAAACCAAAGUUAGAACAGUAUCCAAAAAAACAACUGAAGAAAAUAAAAAGAACAAAAUAAAAUCUAAUGAUUAUGAAGCAUGGGGAAAGCUUGAUGUGGAUAAGAUACUUGAAGAACUUGAUAAGGAAGACAGCACGCAUGAUUCGGUGUCUCUAGAAUCAGAUUCUGAAGAAGACGGGAUUCAUAUAGAUAUUGAAAAGGCUAUUGCUGAAAAAGAAAAGGGCAAUAAUUAUUUUAAGCAAGGAAAUUAUGAUGCUGCAAUAGAAUGUUACACAAGAGGAAUGAAUGCAGAUCCUUAUAAUCCGGUUUUACCUACAAAUAGGUCAUCUGCUUUUUUCCGACUGAAAAAGUAUUCUGUGGCUGAAUCUGAUUGUAACUUGGCACUUGCUCUAAAUAAAAACCAUACAAAGGCUUAUGCCAGAAGAGGAGCAGCACGAUUUGCUUUGGAAAAAUUUAAAGAUGCCAAAGAAGAUUAUGAAAAAGUUUUGGAACUAGAUCCCAACAACUUUGAAGCAAAAAAUGAACUUCGAAAGAUUGAACAGGUACUUAUGUUGAAAGAAAAUCCUCAGCCUGAUGGAGGAGAUGCCAGCAAGACUCUGGAUUCUGUAAAAGAGGACGUGAGGCAGAUAGAAGUGGAACAACUUAAACAAAAGGCUGUGGCAGAAAAAGAUUUGGGUAAUGGGUAUUUCAAAGAAGGUAAAUAUGAGGCAGCAAUCGAAUGCUAUACACGUGGAAUGGCAGCAGAUGGUGCCAAUGCCCUUCUUCCAGCCAACAGAGCUAUGGCCUAUCUGAAAAUUCAGAAAUACAAAGAGGCAGAAGAAGAUUGCACUAAAGCUGUAUUACUAGAUUCUUCAUACUCUAAAGCUUAUGCCAGAAGAGGAACUGCUAGAACUGCCCUGGGAAAACUGCAAGAAGCUAUGCAAGAUUUUGAGACAGUCUUGAACCUGGAACCUGGUAAUAAGCAAGCCAUAAAUGAAAUAAUGAAAAUCAAGAAUGAAUUGAUUUCCAAGGGACUAUGGACAGACAUGGAACAUCCUAGACUAUCACAGAAUGAAACUGAAUUACAGAAUGAAGUGAAACCCAUUGACAAGCCUCUACAUCUUAGAUCAGCAAAACCCUUGAGAAGAAUCAUCAUUGAAGAAGUUGGUAAUGAGAUGCUGAGCGUGAAUCUGGGGGCUACUGCUAGUCUAGAGCCUCCUCAGCCUGUUUCUUCAAGUGCGGAAGCAGCACAGGCCUUUGUGUCUGCCAAGGAUCUAAGUGAGAAUGACUUUUCUUCUUCAAGUGAUACUCCUAAAGCAAAGCUGUUGAAAAUAGAAGAAAUAGGUGACUCUAUAAACAUGGGGCCUCCUACAAAAGGUACAAUGAAAGAAAAAUCAAGCCCACAGUCUUGUUCAAUGAAAAAACAAACAGAGAUGAAAAUCCAAACACUCCCUCCUGUGUUUGCAUUUUCCGUGCCUCCAGUUCCUGUGAAUUCUUUCCAGCUUGAAUCAGAUUUCAGAAAAUUAAAAGAACACCCAGAUCAGUUAUUCUCAUAUUUAAAGCAAAUUGAUCCUUCACUCUAUCCUAAUUUAUUCCAAAAAUCACUGGAUCCAGAUGUGUUUAGCCAAAUUCUGAAAAUUCUUCAAGAUUUUUAUAUUGGGAAAGAAGAGCCUUUGCUUAUCUUAGAUAUUCUGCAGAAACUCUCAGAAUCAAAAAGAUUUGAUAUGGCAGUGAUGUUUAUGUCAGAUUCAGAGAAAAAAACUGUACGGUCAAUAUUUGGUCAUUUAGAACAAUCGGGAUUGGAAGAUUCUUCCAUUGAACAACUCAAGAAAAGAUACAGUGUUUGAAACAAAUAGCUUUGAGUAUUUAUAUGUGCAAAUGCAAUGGAUUAUUUGCCUGGAAAGCACUGGCUCCUGAUGAUGAGAGACCAUGGCUGGAAGAAUACAGACUGCCUUCCACUUGUGUAAAUUGGAAGUACAUUUCUUUCUCCCCAAGAAAGAAACAUUCUGUUUUGUGUGCAUUGUUCACUGCUGAGGUCUUUGAAUCAAAGCCUCUGAGGACAUUUAAAUAAUUCUUUCAUUUUUGAAGAGAUGGUGGGGCAUUUAGCAUGGCUGAACUUCCUUUAAGCAAUUUUCGUCCCCUUUCAUCACGUAGAAUUAAGGGUCACAUUUAUUUUUGUGCAUAUUAAUUAUUUUGCUUGUUAGAAAUUAUUCUGCAUCUUUUUUCUUGUAAAUAAAUUCACAAAGGUUGA